GCACGAGCGUGCCGCUGGUUCGAAAAUUGUGUGUUGAUAAGCAUUGUCUAACGUAGUACGAUUACUGGGUGUUCGGUGUCGGAACCAGCUAAACUUCCGCGCCGAUUUGUUCCCCGUUCGUGAAAGGGCAUCGCACUUCACGAAGCGACUGACGGAAGCCGGCCGCCAUGGAUACACCGGAGCCGCGUCACUCCAGCAGUCGGCACAGUGACCUGAUGGAGCGCACACUGCAGCGGCUGGACGAGGCCAUCCAGAGUCCGUCGGCCAUCCUCAGGACGCGCCGCUCCGUCUCCGGCCGGCCCACCAGCCGGCGCUCACUGGUGUCCAGGCGAAGCGGCCUGGCGGAUGACCUGACUAUGGACCUGACUUCAACCGCGGUCGGCCUCCGCCAGAGUGCAAUGUGUGAUUUGUCUGUGAUUGACGAUUCCUUGCAAGAGGAAACGGAGAUGACGAUGCUAAUCGAUGAGGAUCCCGGCGAAAAAGCCGUGGCCAGUCUGUCGGACGAGUUUCUGGAGGCGCUGCAGCGCUAUCCGGCCCAGCACGAGGUGUUCGAACAGCUGGACGACUACCAGCUGCUGACGGAGCGGCAUGUGGAGCGCCUGAGCCGGCUGAUCCGGCGCGUGCCGGCGCGCCGCGGCACCACCCACCUGCCCGCCACACAGCAGCUGCACGAGCACCUCUCGAAGGAGCGCAACACGUGGCGGCUGCUGGCUUCGCUGUACCGGGACAGGCUGCUGGUGCAGUCGGAGGACGUCGGCGCCAUGCUGGUGGACGCUGUCAACAAGCCCCUCUCCGACAGCCGCAUCGCCGAAAACCUGUUCAAGGGCGACACCACCGUGCGGCAGGCUCAAAUCGUGGUGGACUGGCUAGAACUGUGCGCCGCCGACGACCUCGUCAGCAGCUACAUGGACAAGGUGGAGUUCUUCGGCAACACGGCCGUCGCCUGGGAGAAUACAUUGCACGCGCUGCAGGCGCCGGCGCCGCCGGCCGGCCUCACCGAGAGCAUGGACCCGGACGGACCCGUGCGAGAGGGCUCCAAGCUGCAUGACCUGGACCAGGACGACGAGCGCCGCCUGCUGCGUUACAUGUUCGUGCUGGUGAGGGCCGGCCAGAUGGCGGAGGCCCAGGAGCUGUGUCUGAAGGUGGGCCAGCCGUGGCGCGCCGCCGCGCUCGAGGGCUGGAAACUGCACCACGACCCCAACUUCGAGCAGCCCUCCGUCGCAGCCCAGCCGGUGCAGGGCAACCGGCUCCGGGAUCUGUGGAAGCUGGCCGCCUGGCAGCUUUCGGAGGACGUGCGUCACGACGUGCACGAGCGCGCCCUUCUGGCGGCGCUGUGCGGUAACCUGGCCGUGCUGCUGCCCGUCUGCGUCUCCUGGGAGGACCGCGUCUGGGCGCACUUCAAGGUGUUCGUGGACUCGCGGGUGGAGGCGGAAGUGCGAGCCAACACGCGGUCACUGCGGGACCUGCAGCCGCUGCCGCCGCACUACCCGGCCGACAGCGGGUCGCUGGCCAGCAUGUUCGCGGACGUCGCCGCGCUGGAGGGCAGCGAGCGCCAGCCCGACCCCGUGGUGCGGCUCUACAACACCAUACAGCGCUGCGCCAUCCUGGGCGAGGAGGCGACCAUGGUGGCGGAGAUGGCCGCCUUCUGCGAGGAGCACGAGGGCAGUGAGCAGCUGCUGCGCUCGCUAGCGCACAUCGUGCUGUUCGUGCGCCAGUGCGCCGGCGACGACGUCUCGCACGAACACUGCGUCACCGUCCUACAGGCCUACGUCGAGAGCCUGGUGCGGCGGCGGUCGGUGCCGCUGGUGGCGGGCUACGCCUGCCUGCUGCCGCCGGCCGACCAGGUGCGCUGGUACGCGGCCCUCCUGCAGACCAUCACCGAGCCGGCCGAGAGGCUGGAGGCGCUGCGCCUGGCGGAGCGGGCCGGCCUGGACGCGCCGGCCGCGGCGCUGGCCGUGGUGCGCGCCGCGCGCCGCCAGCCGCCCGCCGCGCCCGCCGCCGAGUUGGCACCCGAGACCAGCGACGACGACCGGCGCUGUCUGACGGCCGUGCAGUGGCUGCUGUUCGAGCCGAGCCAGCGGCCCGACGCCCUGCGCGAGGCGAACGCCGUGUGCCGUCGCCUGCUGCUUGCCCGCAAACUGCCGGCCGCCCGCGAGCUCAUGCGGCAGAUCCCGGACGACAGUGUGGCCACCGUCCUCGAGCUGUGGAAGGCCUCCUCCAACGAGACCGAGCUGCCACCGGACCAGGACAAUGUGAUCAAGGAGCACCUCUGCGUCAAGGCGUUCCUGUUGGGGCAGGAUGCGUAUAUCGACUGGUCGGAGCAGUUUUACAACCAGCGGCCGCGCCAGCCCGAGCUGCGAGAGGGCGCCUCCUUCACGGAGACGGUGGCGCACGAGCAGCGGCUCAAGCAGUACCAGUCAGCCGUGGAGCGAUGGGAGACGGCGCAUACCGCCAUCACCAAGACGACCACCGAGCGUCUGUACAAUGUCCUCAUGUUCCCCGACGGCGGGUGGAUGGCCGACCGGCCGCAGGCGCCGGCAGCACCGCCGUCGGCCGUCGACGGGACCGAGGAGCCGGCGCGGCAGCAACAGAUGGCGGACCUGCGCCGGCUGUACGUGCCGCAGACGGUGGCCGUCCUACACAAGGUGCUGCACAGCAGCCAGCGCCUGAAGGAGGCGACGCAGCUGGCCGACCUGGUGGCCGGGGAGGAGUACCAGCUGUACAAGGAGUUCAGCCAGCUAGAGCUGCAGAGUCUGCUGGGUAAGCUGCGCGAGACUUCGCUCGAGCUGCUUGACCAGAACCUGGACGCCCUCGGCUACCCGUUCCAGUGAGGCCGGGGCGGCGGCUCGACGGCGGCGCCGCUGGCCGGGACCCGCCGGUGCCGCCACGGCGACGGGUGCGUCCCGCGGUGGUGACACCUCUGUGUCUCUCGUGUCCGGUCGCCCGCACGCGGUCUGCUUUCCCUGCUCUCCGGGUGCUCAGGUGAACCUGUGGCGUUCCGGUGAACCCGUGGCGCUGAGGUGCACUCGUGGCGCUCAGGUGCAUCCGGGGCGCCCAGGUGAACCCGUGGGGCUGAGGGAACCCAUGGCGCUGAAGUGAACCCGUGGCGCUGAGGGAACCCGUGACGCUGAAGUGAAUCUGGGGCGCUCAGGUGAACCCUUGGCGUCGGCGCGCUCAACUGGCUUGAACCACGCGGUGGCCUUCGCCGCAUCGAGGCCCGUGACGUCAUGUCAAAGUGCGCAGAAUGGUAUGUGUCGUGGGCGCUCUUCACACCGCUAUGGCGGACUCAGUUUUUUGUUGGAAUACACGGCUGGCUUAUUA